AUGACUCUAUGGCUGCUGUUUGUGACCAAAAUAGGACCCAAACUGAUGGCAAUCCGAAAGCCGUUUAACUUACGAUGGCUUAUGUUUGCCUACAAUAUACUGAUGGCCGUCACUAACGCCUACUUUUUCGGUGACCAGACCGUCCUCCGUGGGGAGGAUCGUCCUCCUUUAGACCUAUCAGAGCACAGUCCUCCCCGGUGUCUGAAGAGGACAUUGAGAUAUCCUCCUUCGACAUAA